AAAGGCGCCGCCGCUGAGCGUUACUAUAGCGACGAGAGAGUCUUUCUGAGCCUGCAAAAUCCAGAGUGCUAUGCCCCGCUCCAGCGAUAAUCUUUGGGACCUGGCUGCCUCCGAGGUGCAGGCAAAAGAAAAUGCCGAGGACAACUCUGCAGAGACUGAAAGAUCCAUAGUCUUCAUAGGCAACAAAAAUGGGGGGAAAACCUGCAUUAUCCUGCGCUGCAUUGACAGGGAUGAAGCUCCAAAACCCACGCUGGCAUUGGAGUACACCUUUGGUCGGAAGGCAAAGGGACACAAUACACCAAAGGACAUCGCUCAUUUUUGGGAACUUGGCGGAGGAACAUCACUAUUAGAUUUAAUACAAAUUCCAAUUACUAGUGAAAAUAUUCGGACGUUUUCUAUAGUACUUGUUCUCGAUCUGUCGAAGCCCAAUGAACUUUGGCACACAAUGGACAGCCUGUUACAAGUCACCAGGAAGCGAGUGGAUACAAUUAUCGCAGAUAUCGGAAAGUCCAAUUCUAAGGCAGCAAAUCAAAUCAUGCAGAACAUUUGGAGGAAUAUUCCAAACAACCAUCCUGACAGAGAAUUAAUUGACCCAUUUCCAUUGCCGUUAUUGAUUAUUGGAAGCAAAUAUGAUAUUUUCCAGGAGUUUGAGUCUGAAAAAAGAAAAAUAAUCUGCAAAACACUCCGCUUUGUAUCGCAUUACUUUGGAGCUUCUCUGCUGUUCACUAGCAAGGCUGAAUCUCACAAAAGUGUCUUACGUUCAUUUGUAAAUCAUUUGGCAUUUGGACAAGACAGGAGCAAGCUCAUGUCUGUGGAUCACAACAAGCCUCUCGUCAUUCCAGCUGGAUCCGAUUCCCUGAGUCAGAUUGGGACCCCUCCUGCCUCCGACAGUGACCUGAGACAAGUUAACGCUCGAACACCCAUGGAGCUUUGGAAAAAGACGUAUGAGAGAAUUUUUCCUCCAGAGCACAAAAAUGACUCCAGAGACUUAAAGGACCCUGCAAAAGACCCACAGUACGCAGAAAGGGACAUAGAUGCCAUGCGAGCUGCCAAGGAUCAGGAACUGGAGCAGUACAAAAGGAACGCUGAUAAGUCUUGGAAAUCAAUGACCCUCGGACUUCAUGCACAGUAAAGAUAGUGUUAUUUAUUACAGUCAAGCAGAAGUUUUAUAUAUAUCUAUCUACAGAAAAAGUUUGUAUGUUUUACAUGUAAAUACAAUAAAAACUGCUUUAUAUAAUAUA